AUAGUGUAUGCGCAACGACGGUGACGGAAACAUCCUACCUCGAAACUUUAGUCUCGACGGUCUAUCAAGCCAUGACUAUUGAAACUAUUUAUAUUGCUGGCCCGACCGUGACGAGAGACUCGCCAGAGACAAUCGAGGUUGCGUUGCCGCCCAUUACUGAAACCGUUCAUGUGACGACCACGAUUUCAGAUCUUUCCACAAUUCUUCAAAGCCUGACGGUGAUUGAGAGAAUACCGACAACUCUAUUCAUCACACAAACGCGCGUUGAAAAUGCUGUACUUCUCAGCACCACUACCGACCUCAUCAGCAUCACCUCUACGUCAACCAUCUUUGUGGAUGCGGGAGACGUAAUCACUAGCACGACAACACUAAUCCACCCAACAACCUUCACAGUAUUUGAGCCAGCGAUCUUGACCAUGAAUCACUACGUUUACGAAACGAUAACUCAGUACAAGACGAUAUCUGAGACCCGCUCGAUCCGUGAUAUCAUAACCCAGACUGAGACCCUCUACUACCCUCUCCCAACAACAAUCAUCGAAUUCAGCACUAUCUACGAGCCCGUACAGACGAGCAACAUUCUUCCGCCACAACCAGCCACAAUGUUUGAGGUCAGCACGAUUAGCUACCAUAUUCCAUGCCCAGCUACGGCAAUCCCGUCUACCAUUACCAUCAAACCCAUCCAGACCUUGGUCGUCACGUCUGCCCUCCCAGCUGUCCAGACAAUUACAGCUACAAAGCCGUUUGUUCAGAUCUCCCGAGCGACAGUGACGCUGCGGCACACGACCACGAUCUUCUCUGCCAAGUUAUUCUACACGACCAUAACGGAACUGACAACCUGGACUGCCCCUGGCCACCAUAUAUGGACACGUACCAUCUUCCGGCCCAUUCCAGAGUUCAAGACUGUCCAAGCGUUGAGUACCCGUACCGUUGCACUAUCAACAUCUGUUCUGUUGCGGCCGACGACGAUCUACUCCUACAGGCUGGUCCCGACAAUCCUCACUUCGACCCGCACAUCUCUCAAAUUUAUUGAAAGAGCGGUUACAACCACGAUAUUCACAGGAGGAACUGUUACAACUACUGUAACAACGAAACUCGUGGAUUCACCGAUCCAGACCCGCCCCACGCGGUUUUUGCCUCCGCAAAUUCUGCCAAUAACCGUAGAACGCCCGUCGAUCUGGCCCACGCCUGCACACUAUCCGCGCGUGAGGAAUCACUGGACCCCGACUCCUACCCCUUGUGCACGUCAAUAGCGUUUGGUCCAAAAGUGAGAGCUAUACGGGAAUGACGAUAGUAAUCAGGCGUCGAUCCAGACAAGAUCAAACAGGCCUGCCAGACACCGCAUCAUGCUUGAGAUCCACAUGCAGGCAUCCUGACACGCGUGUCUGCAGGCGACAGUCCAAACGAUGGGAUUACAUAAUUCAUCGCAUGAGAAGAACUUGUGGCGCCACCGCCACCAGCCUAGGAAACGGCGUUAUUUUAC